AUGGGCAGCGAGAACCUAACCAGAACAUCUGGGUUCGUCCUCCUGGGUAUCUCGACCAAGGCGGAACACCAGGGCCUCUUCUUCCCUCUCUUCCUCUCCAUAUACCUGUUGACCUUGCUAGGCAACCUGAUGAUCAUCCUGCUGAUCCGAUCUGAUGCCCGCCUCCUCCACACGCCCAUGUAUUUCUUUCUCAGCCACCUUUCCUUGGCGGAUCUCGGCUUCGCUUCCACCACCGUGCCCAAAGCCCUGGAGAACUUGUUGUCACACAACAAGACCAUCACCUACUGGGGCUGCCUCACCCAGAUGUACUUCUUUAUAGCCUUUGGCAUCACCGACAGCUUCCUUCUUGCCUCCAUGGCCUACGAUCGCUACGUGGCUAUCUGCCACCCACUGCGGUAUCCCGUCCUGAUGAGCCACAAGCAUUGCCUCCUACUGGUGACAGGCUCUUGGCUCUUGGCUCAUCUCCACUCUUUGGUUCACACGCUGCUGAUGGCCCGACUCUCGUUCUGUGCCUCCAGAGAGAUCCCACACUUCUUUUGUGAUGUCCAGCCUUUGUUGCGUCUCUCGUGCACCUCAACCCAGCCCAAUGAACUCUUGGCCUUCACUGAGGGCUCCUUGGUCAUCAUGGGACCUUUCCUCUUCAUUGUGGUUUCUUACAUCCUCAUUCUGGUUGCCAUCCUGAAGAUUCCUUCAGCUGCGGGGAAGCACAAGGCCUUCUCGACUUGUGGCUCUCAUCUAGGGGCAGUAUCAGUGUUCUAUGGCACAGUGAUUGCUGUCUACAUCCAACCCUCUUCAACCUACUCCAUCACUAAGGACCGGAUGGUGGCAGUCCUCUACACCAUGGUCACCCCAAUGCUGAACCCAUUCAUCUAUAGUCUGAGGAAUGAGGAUGUGAUGGGGGCAAUGAAGAGGGAGGACUUCCUCAGGGGUCAUACAUACACAGUGUUUAGUGCUGUAAUCUUCCGGUCCAUAGCUGUAGAAUCCAUCAGCCUGAAGAUCUACAUUUUUGGAGAACAUGUAGGACCAUUAGAGAUUCUUCAGUCCAUACCUCCUCAUACGAUGGAGAGAGAAAACAGGACCGUGGUCUCUGAAUUCAUCCUCCUUAGCAUCUCGUCCCGGCAGGAUUGGAACAGGCUGUUAUUCCCUAUCUUUUUGAUCAUGUACACCAUCAUAGUGCUAGGAAAUCUCACUAUUGUCUUGGCCAUAAGAAUGGAUGGUCAGCUCCUCCAAAUCCCAAUGUACUUCUUGCUCAGUAACCUCUCCCUGGUGGACAUCUGCUUCACGACAGCCACCGUGCCCCAGCUGUUGGCUAAUAUGCUCUCUGGAGUGAGGAAGAUCUCCUACAAGGGAUGUUUGGCUCAGAUGUACUUCUUCAUUGCCUUUGGCAUCACUGACAGCUUUCUCUUGGCCUCCAUGGCCGUGGACCGUUAUGUGGCCAUCUGCCGGCCGUUGCACUACUCUACAGUGAUGAGCAACCAGAUCUGCUUUCUGCUGGUGGCUGGCUCCUGGUUGGUUUCUCACCUCCACUCUCUGCUGCACACCGCCCUGAUGUCCCGCCUCUCUUUUUGCGCUUCCAAUCAGGUCUCCCACUUCUUUUGUGACGUCUUCCCGCUGCUGAAGAUCUCCUGCUCCGACACGCACCUGAACGCUUUGGUGGUGCACACUGAAGGGGCCGUGGUGGUCAACAGUGCUCUCGUGGUAAUUGUCCUCUCCUAUGUCCGUAUUCUGGUGGUCAUCCUGAGGAUCCCUUCCACUCAGGGAAAGAAAAAGGCUUUCUCCACUUGUGGGUCCCACUUGACAGUGGUGGCCUUAUUCUAUGGCACAGUCAUCUGGGUCUAUUUCCAGCCAUCGUCUAGCUUCUCGGCGGAGAAGGACACGCUGGCCGCCAUCAUGUACACUAUGGUCACGCCCAUGCUGAACCCCUUCAUCUACACUCUGAGGAACGACAAGAUGAAAGAGGCCCUGAGGAGGCUUUUUGGGCGGAAGGGGAACUAA